AAGUUGCAAACCAAUCACAAAAACAAAACCAGCAACUUCUCUCUCUCUCCUACUUCCUCUUCUUUUCUCUCUCCUUUUGAAUUCCAAUAAAAAAAAAAAAAAAAAUCACUAUGGAAAUCGAACCAAGCUCACCACAAGUAAUAGGGAAGAAACUAUGGAACAUUGUAAGAAUAGUGUUCUACAUGAUGAAAAAGAGCAAGUUCAUGCACGAUCUUCACUUGAUGAUGAAGAAAGGGAAACUUGCCGGAAAAGCAAUCAACAACCUCCUCCUCCACCUCCAACAAGACUACGCCGCCAACAAGAACUCCCUCAUCACCUGCCGGAGCUCCGUCGACGUCCGCCCCUCCAUCGUCACCGCUCGCCGGGAGUACGAGUUCAGCUGCAGCAACAGCCCGGCGUAUCCGUCCCACAACAUAUUCUCCAAGCGGAAAGCCCACCAUUACUACCCCAAAAACCAUCACUACUUCAAGCCCAAAGACGUCCACGUGGUCCAGAAAGUGUUUGAUAUUCUCAACAGUUACGAGAAGUUUGACGGGUCGUCUCCCAUGGUGGCCUUACCCGGGUUCGGGCAGAGCCCGAUGGUGAGGCAGCUCCGGGUUACCGACUCGCCGUACCCGGUUAAAGAGUUUGAGGAGAAUCCUCAGGUGGAUAAAGAUGCUGAGGAUUUCAUCAACAAAUUCUAUAAGGAAUUGAAACAGCAGCGCAGGAUAGCUGCCGUGGAAUCGCCUUCACCGAAUCAUUUCUGGGGCCGAUGAUGGGAAAAAUUGCGUCAUAAUUAAUCAUCAUCAUGAGAAAUAUGUUUAUCGGUCCGGUGAUCAAUUAAUUUACUGUAAAUCGUUGCGUCAGGGCCGGCCGACAUGCAGGAAAUGCUAGAGGUAAAAAGUAAAAAAUGCACACAUGGACCACUAUCACGUGACAUGCACAUGCCGUCGGAGCAGUAAAAAAAAAUGUGUAACAUCGGAUUUCCCGAACAAGAAACGUUUUUCAUGCUCGACUUGGUAGGUACUGUUGGAUGAAGAAUGUGUGCGCUAAAUUUAGAAUUCGGAUCAAAUAAUUUUGACAUUUGUAGAAUAUUAGGGGGUUUCCUUUUGAUUUUGUUUAUAAUUUCCUUCCCUUUAAUUUUCCCUCUUUUGAGGUUAAUUUGCUUUGGCUUUUCCUUUCUUUGUAUCUAUACUUCCUUCACUGUGCAAAAAAGAAUAAGCUGAAUCAUGAAAUUCUCUCGUCUUUUCAAAGUCAAUUAAUUACUCCUUCCGUCCCACAUUAUAUAUAAUAAUUUGCGUACUUAAAUGAUGUAAAGAGAGUUUUUAUUUCUUUUCUGAUAUGUGAAGAAUAGUUCACUUUAUUGAAUUAGUUAAUUAAUAUAAUCGGUUAUGGUGGAAGUAGUGAAUUGUUUAUUGUUACAUAAG